AUGGCUUGGCUUAUAUUGGCAUUCUUGUGUACUUUAGUCGUGGCUCAUCGAGUCCCAUUGCUCACUCAAGAUACUGGAUCUACCAGUAGCGUAUUAAAUCAGCGCACUAGCGUCAAACUUCCAGGCGGAUAUUCAACAUGCUUUUUGAUAAACAUGGACGUUCAAGGCACCACUUUCAGCGUCAUGAUUGAUUCGGGUUCUACUGAUCUUACUGUACCACUUACCGGUCUGAACAACUAUGUUGGCCCAACAAUCAAUACGCCACGUCCACCUGGUAGUGGUGAUUUGAUUGGUACGUAUGGCGACCAAUCUGGAUGGACUGGAUACGGAUUUCAAGGAACUGCGCGUGUCACUGGAACUAAUAUUACGGCUUCCAAUGCUCCAGUCAUUGGCAUGUUUCGACAAACGACGAACCCAAUCUACACUACUGGCGAUGUGACACAGGGACUACUCGGAAUCGCAUAUCCAUCAUUGGCUAGCUAUCGUGUAACUCCAUCUACAGUCGUAGAUGCAUGGGUUGCUUCAGGAACUAUGCCAAAAAAUGAGAUUGCGUUUCACGCAUGUCCAUACAGUAUGACCAACCAAAGUUACGUUGACUUUGGAAACGACGAUCCGUCAUACAAGUGUAGUUCGAACGGAGUGCCAGUCGUAUGGGCAUACUCACCAGCACGUACUUAUUUCACAAUCGAUGUUCGUGCAAUAUCGAUCGACUCUGUACCAGUAACUCUCCCUCAGACAUUCCAGAAUGGGAUUGGAUACAAUAAAUGGUCUUUGGUUGACUCGUGUACAAGUGUAAUGAUACUUCCAGGAUCUGUGAUUACUACGCUGGUGAAUGCCAUUCAAUCAAGCGGUGGUCUUCCUUCUGAUCUUGCCUCAUCGCCACAUCUUUCUAAUUUUCUUAGUGGAAGCAUUGGUAUUAGACCGGUCCAGCCUUUCCAAUGGAGCAAACUUCCCAGCAUUUCGUUUGACAUCACAUCUGAUCAAAUCCGACCAGGUGGUCAAAAUGCCACAUUUAAAAUUACUCUUGGAGCUCGACAGUAUAUCCAACCAAAUGCCAACGGAUACUUCGCAAUGAUUGCCCGAUCUGGUGGUGAAAGAUAUGCCAACCUUGGUAUUCCCCUUUUUUCCAACCUGAAUGUUGUGCUUGAUCGAGCAAAUGCUCGUGUUGGAUUUUCUCAAGGAUGUGGAUGUGAUACUGCCACUGAUGGAUACCCAAUAAUCCAAGAUGCAAACGGGAGAGUGUGGAAAGCCGGAGUCUCUACUUCAUCUACUUCGUCUGCAUCAUCUACACCAGCAGCUGCUACACAAACCACAUCUCGGCGUGUUUCGCAAACAAGUACAACUACUUCAACUACACGUAUCAUUAGAACGUCCGUGACACCUACCCCAUCUCGGACUGUUACACCUGUGACAACUAUUUUUAUCACUCCCACUCCAUCCAGUAUAGUCUCGGCGUGUCCCCCAAAUCCAUCGUCGCCACCAACUCCUGUCUACUCUCCCCUCUAUAUUCCAGGUGCUCAGUGUACGAUUGGAGUUGGAACGGAUGCUAUCCUUAUUCCCAACUCAUGCCUCGAUACAUUUGGUUCAUCUUCAGCUCAACCCAAACUGCUUACUUUGCUUCACUCCACCUCAUCUGGAAAUGAAACUAUUCAACGUGGGGUGACCAGCGGAGCAUCCCAUGUGUUCCUAGCUCCAAAUGCAAUCAUCAUGUCAGUUUGUCUAGCUGCUCUUGUUGGUGCAUAUAUUCUUUAG